AUGAGCCAGGCAGUCAAGAGGGCGUGCGAUGCCUGCCAUCGCCGAAAGGUCAAGUGCGAUGGCGUCAACCCGUGCCGCAACUGCUCCGCCGCCGCGCUGGCCUGCACCUACAACGCCAUCCCCCAGAAGAAGGGCCCCAAGGGAUCGCGGGCCAAGGUCAUCAGCGAGCUGCGCGAGACCCAGCGACAGACGAGCCUUUCCGCCAGGGUGCAGGCUCGCAUGAACGGCAUUCCUCCUCCGCCCCCAACCGAGGGCCUCGCCCCUACGCCGGGCUUGUUGACCAGCGACUUGGUCAAGGAGUGCGCGCAGUUCUUCUUCGAGAACAUGAACGCACAGGCCCCCAUUCUGGACCGGAGGCAACUAGACCAGCAGAUGCUCUACGUGGAGCAGAACCGAGAUGCCUACUGCUUGAUGGCUUCCCUGUGCGCCUUUGUCAUGCUGCAGCCCGGCAUGAGCAUGCCUGCCGGCGAUGCGUACAACCUCGACAUGGUUCCCGGAGCAAACAUCAUCGCCAGCCAGAUUCUUUUGGAAGAGGCCCUCCGAGUUCGCAAAGGAUACGAGUACCUGGACCAGUUCACCGUCAAUGCAUUGGCCACCAACUUCUUCCUCUUUGGAUGCCACUACGGCAUGGAGAUGCAUGACAAGGCAUGGUACUACCUUCGCGAGGCCACCACCAUGAUCCAGAUGAAUGGCAUGGACAAGGAGGAAUUCUACAUGCCAUUUGACAUCUCUGAAGCCUCUCGUCUCCGCCGACUUUACUGGCUGUUUUACAUUGUCGAGAGAGCGUAUGCUAUCCGAAAUCAGCGUCCCUUGACUCUCCAGGCGACGAUCAAGCUCCCCACUCUUGGAGAUGAUCCCAGCGAUCCCCUCUCCCAUCAGCUCAACGGCUUCAUUUUGCUCAUCAACCUCUACAGACCUUUUGAUGAUGCCUUUACAAACACCUGGAAUAAGACCCGCAGCGUCCUCUCCCAACAAUACAUCAAUGGCCUGCAGAAGCAGCUGAACGAUGCUGUUCAAAGCGCCUUCCAUGACCCCUCGUGGAACGAUCUCGGCACUAACCAGCAGUGGCUUAAGAACACUGUAUGGCAGCUGAGCAACGGCGGAGCCGUCGCUACCGAGGGAUCCAUGUCCUUCCAGGUCCCCGUCAACGUAUCUAGAGAGAUGCUCAUGAACAUGGCCUCGCAGUUCCCUGGCCAGGGCAUGGAGUUGCUCAACUCUGGACUGCUCGAGAAGCUCGUCGAGGGCACCUAUUCGAUGACUGAGUACCUGUCUAUGCAGCCAGCGUCUCGCGACCCCUUCGCAAUUGGACCUCAGGAGCACCUCAACCAAAUCAUCCACAUUGUUGCUGCCUCCCGAAACGGUGACUACCGCUUCCUCCCCCUUCUCAUGAGCAAGGUUAGCGAAGUGCUUCCGCGCCUCGCGAACCCAAUGCUACAGAACGCCCCCGAGACGGCGCCCAUGGCCAAUGUCGACAUCUUUGACGGAUUUGGCAACGCCGGCAUGGCCCAGCCUCCGCACAUGCAGAUGCCCGCGCUGGACGAGUACGAGCGCAAGUUUUCCGUCGAAGAGUAUGAAAAGAAGUAUGCCCUGGAAAUGACUGGAAACACUCCGGAUUCGCAUGCCACUUCCAACCCUGGUAACACGCCGCCUGUAGCUCGCCAGCCGUCUGAGAUUGCAAACUCCUUUGUUGGCUCUCCUCCCAUGAUGUCUCCCGGUCUGGAAUUCGCCCCUCAUGGCGUGUAUGCUGCGCCUACGCCAAUGUCCGAAAUGGUCAUGAGUCCAAUGGGAACCCACCCGCCUCCUCAACAACAUCACCAACACAUGAACCAGCAAUCAUCUAAUCAUAUUCACGACCCAAUGGGCCAACAGCAUAUGGGCAUGCCGCCACAGAACAUGCGACCAGGCGGGAUGCAACCCGCUCACCACAUGAACGGCAUGAUGAAUGUGCGGCAAUCGCCACAGAGACAAGACAGUUUUGCCAUGGCGCCUGGCCAGCCACACCCCUUCCAGCUGGAGGGAUUUAAUUUCAACACCCUGCGGUAG